CAGGAAGUGAGCAUCGGAAAAGGAAAGCGUAAAACUUAGCUAGGUCAGCUUCCUGGUGUUACACUUACCGCAUCAAAUGUGCUUAAUUUAAUUUGAAUAGGACAUAGUUCUGAACUUUGAAGUAGUUUACAUCUUCUGAAGUGUUCAUGAAGCAGCCUCUUGGUGUCCUUACACAAAGAUCCAACCAUGCUGCCUCAGUUUGUGUACAGCACUCAGGAUUUUGUCACAGAUGUGCUUCAGAAAAGAGAAACCCGUCCACCACCUUCCAAGCUUGACUCGCUCAUCAGAGAUGGCUGGACAGACAGGAUGGACAGAGGACUCUUCCGCUACCAUCUAGGCGAUUUAGAAACGCGUAUCCUACCAGGGUCGAAUGGUUACGUCGCUCAGCUCAAUGUUCAACGUGGAAUCGAGAGGAGGAAGCCUCAGGAGAUACUGAGCAUUCAGCAAGAGUUUAAUCCCAGCCAGUUUAACUUCAACAAAAUAAAUGCAGAAGAAAUUCUGUUUGAAAUGAUGAAGGACACAUGUGGAGGAAGAGAUGUACCUGAUGACCAGUUGCCUCAAACUUGCAGGAUGGUUGUGUUGAUCAAUGUUAGCCCUUUGGAGUUUGGACACUGUCUUCUUGUUCCAGAUCCGUCCCUCUGUUUACCACAGAUCCUGACAAGAGCUGCUGUCCAGGUCGGUAUCGAGUCUGUGCUCCUCAGCUCCAGCCCAGGUUUCCGUGUGGGGUUUAACAGCCUGGGAGCAUUUGCAUCUGUUAAUCACUUACACCUUCAUGGUUAUUACCUGGACCAUGAGCUGAAGAUUGAAUCCAGCCUGGUUAAGCCUUUGAUACCCGAGAAGAAUUUUUUUCGCAUCCAGGAUUUUCCGGUUGGAUUUUUGCUCUAUACAGAAUCCGAAGAGGUGGAGACGGCAGCAAGAACGAUCUGUGAAGUGACAGACUUUUUUGUGGGUGAAAACAUCGCUCACAACCUGUUCCUGACCAGAGGAUGCCCACCAAGUGGUCAAAUGCAGACUGCAAAGGAGCACUGUCUAAGAAAAGGUGUGCGUAUAGCUAUUUGGCCCAGAACAUCCUGCUUCGGUGCCAAAGAGGAAUCUGCCUUUAAUGUUGCACUCUGUGAGUUAGCAGGGCAUCUACCUUUUAAAAACAAAAAGGACUUUGAGUGUACAACUGAGAGAGAGGUCAUCAGUAUAGUUCAGAAGUAUCUUCUGCCUGAUGAUGAGCUUCACAAACUGGAAGAACAGCUUGUUAAACACUUACUGACUCACUAAAGCCUGGAAUACGUCUUGAAAGACUUAAAGAUUCAAUGCAGUGAGUAAGACUCAGUUGAACAAAUAGAAACCCGGAUGUUUAAUUGGCCGUAAAAUGUACAGUUUAUACAGGCAAAUGAAAAAACAGUUGUCACGUUGAAUGGUUGUGUUGAUGCUGGACUGCAUUGUAGAAAAGCUGAAAGCUGCUAAUUUGUUAGGAAAUGGUUUAUGACUGACAGAAAUUAAACAAUUUCUUAACAUUUUUGCUGACCUGUUGGCAGAAUCACAUUACUGUUAAAUUACCGUUUCUAUUAAUGUGGCAUCUGAAAUUUGUGACUUGACAUGGGCUGGUAUGAUAGUUUCAUUGUAUGACUAUCUUGAGUAAAGAUACCAAAGCUUCA